AUGACUCCCCUCAUUCCCGACAUAAAAUCCCCAAAGAGAACCACCCAAAACCUUGCCGAAAAACAGGUCCUCCAGCCACCUCCAGCCACAUACCAUUGCGUUCAUCACCAUUUCUUUUUUCCGAGGGACAACACCACCAUCACUGGAUCGACCACCACCAAGGAAGAUAGUAGAAGGGAAAGAACCACCCACCGUCAACCACCAAUGUUCGCCAUCGUCACCACCGCCCCUAAAUCGUCGAUCCCCUUCAUCAUCUCUAUGAUGUGA